GUGUGUUGGUGUGUGUGUGUGUGAGUGUGUGUUACUGUGUAUGUGAGUGACUGCAGCGUUUAAAAGGCGAGAGAGCAGAACAGCUGCUCUUUAAAGUGACUCCAAAAAAGAGAGAGAGAGAGAGAGGAAGAGAGAGAGAGGAGAGAUGUGAGUGAGUGAGUGAGUGAGUGAGUCAGUGACAGCUUAGCCCUGGCUCUCUGGAUACUAAGAUGCUGAUUGACUUCUUGUGUAUUUGCACCACUUCCUGCUUUUAUUUCAAGCCCUAAGGAUGUCUUCCAAGAGACCAGCCUCUCCAUACGGGGACACAGAUGGAGACGUAGCGAUGGUGACCAACAGGCCGAAAGUAGAAGAUGGAGAAAGUGAUGGACACUCCGCUUUUCACCUGACUCUUCCCCCGAGCUUUUCCAACAACAACCCUCAUUCAGAGGAGCUGCACGCACUGCCCACGUUAACUAGAGAGACUCUUUGUUGCGGAAGUCCAUUGUCUCUUCAUGACCCAGUGGAUCAAGACUGUAAUAAAGCGGUGACUUUAUUUCCCACACACAACUCAUCUACCUCACCUCUCAAGACUGAAGAAGGGGGUCGACAGUGCAACGAAUCAGGGUCGAGCACAGUGUUGGGGACCCCAGAAAGGCGUAAAGGCAGCCUGGCUGAUGUAGUGGACACACUGAAGCAGAAAAAAAUGGAAGAGCUCAUCAAAAGUGAGCCUGAGGAAACUCCGAGUAUUGAGAAGCUUUUAUCGAAAGACUGGAAGGACAAACUCCUUGCCAUGGGCUCAGGGAACAUCGGAGAAAUUAAAGGGACGCCAGAAAGCCUAGCGGAGAAGGAAAGGCAGCUUAUGGCCAUGAUUAAUCAGCUGACGAGCCUGCGUGAACAGUUGCUGGCAGCCCACGAUGAACAGAAGAAAUUAGCGGCCACGCAAAUCGAGAAACAACGACAGCAAAUGGAGCUCGCCAAGCAGCAACAGGAACAAAUUGCAAGGCAACAGCAGCAACUGUUACAACAACAACACAAAAUCAACCUUCUCCAGCAGCAGAUCCAGCAGGUUCAGGGUCAGCUGCCCCCGUUGAUGAUCCCAGUAUUUCCCCCAGACCAGAGGACACUGGCUGCAGCAGCAGCCCAACAAGGAUUUCUUUUGCCGCCCGGAUUCUCUUACAAACCUGGAGGAUGCAAUGAACCCUAUCCUCUUCAGCUGAUCCCAACAACCAUGGCUGCAGCGGCGGCAGCUGCUGCCCCAGGACUUGGCCAACUCCAGCUACAGCAGCUGUAUGCAGCCCAACUUGCUGCUAUGCAGGUGUCUCCUGGAGCCAAGUUACAUGCGAUGUCGCAGGCUAACCUAAGCAACACUCAAUCACCUAACAACAUGCAGACAGAGAAGAGCAGAAACACCCCUCCACCGAAACACAAGGAUGAAGUUGCGCAACCACUGAAUCUUUCAGCCAAACCGAAAACGUUAGAUGCCACGCGAUCACCUGCUUCUCCAACUUCCCCCCACGUUCCAUCACUGAAAGUGAGCAUGGGGUCUGCCCAGGUCAAACCCACCACCUCAGCCACAUUAACCAGCCCAACUAGUAGAAUGACAUCCAUAGACAUCCUGUCCUCCAUCACGUCCUCCGGUUACUUGAACGACCACGAUGCCGUGGCUAAGGCGAUCCAGGAAGCAAGACAAAUGAAGGAACAGCUCCGGAGGGAACAGCAGGCGCUUGAUGGGAAGGUUGCAGUUGUUAACAGUCUGGGGCUAAGUAACUGCAGGAUGGAAAAGAUACAGGACAAAACAACACUGGAAAGUCUCACCCAGCAGCUGACCGCAAAGCAAGCAGAAGAUGGCAAGUUUGGUCACGGGAUGGUAGAUUUUAACAUGAGUGGCGAAUCAGAUGGAAACGCAGGUGUGUCGGAGCCAAGAAUCUACCGAGAGGCUCGGGGCAGGAGCAGCAACGAACCACAUAUCAAACGUCCGAUGAACGCGUUCAUGGUCUGGGCUAAAGACGAGAGGAGAAAGAUACUUCAAGCUUUCCCUGACAUGCACAAUUCCAACAUCAGUAAGAUACUCGGGUCCCGCUGGAAAGCCAUGACAAACCUGGAGAAGCAGCCCUACUACGAGGAGCAAGCCAGACUCAGCAAACAGCACCUGGAGAGAUACCCAGACUACAAGUACAAACCAAGGCCCAAACGCACUUGUGUUGUGGACGGCAAGAAACUGAGAAUCGGUGAAUAUAAAGCACUGAUGCGGAGCAGGCGUCAGGAAAUGAGACAGUUCUUUACUGUUGGGCAGCAAAGCCAGAUUCCUCUGACGACAGCUGGGGUGGUGUAUCCGGGGGCCAUCGCUAUGGCAGGGCUGCCUUCGCCUCAGAUACCCUCCGAACACUCGAGUAUGUCCAGCAGCCCGGAGCCCAGCCUGCCCGUCAUCCAGAGCACUUACAGCCUGAAGUCAGGGGACGCCCGAGUGAAAGAGGAGCUGAGGAUCAGCGACAUGAACGGAGAGAUGUACGAGGAAUACGAGGAUGAGGACGAGGACGAUCCGGACGCAGACUACGCCAGUGAGAACGAGAAUCAUGUGGCUGCCCACACUGACUGACGGGGGGGGGAGUGGGGGGGUCAGGAGACACCUGGUGACAAGACAAAGCUCCUCAUCUGGUCCAUCCUACCAGAGGCCAAGCACAUUAGGACUAUCCGAUACACUGACUGUUACUUAAAACUAUUAGUCUUAAUAAACAGGAUAUAUAGUCAGCACUCGACUGACAACUGGACUUCGGGCCUAUGGUACGGGCACGAAAACAAAACGAUAAGCUAUGGGUAAAACGGUGCCAGUAAAAUCAGCUGCUACCCCCCCCCAAGCACUGUGUGUCUUACCCUCCCGAGCUACGUCUAUACUUGCAGUUGUUGUUCUGCAACAUUUCUAUAAAUUCUCUCACUCAGGUACACAGUGCCAACAAGUGGCUUUGUGAAUGUGUUUUGUUGUUUUAGUGCCACAAUAAAGAAAAAAAGGUGUUGUUUUUUUCCCCCCUACCCCCUGU